UAGGCAUCAGCAUUUGUUAAGCAGCUGAAAUGGUUGCUCUCCUGCGGAUCCUGUCCGCACUUCCACGGUUUCUUGGGCCAGAUGCCUUGGAGAUGGCUUCUCAAUCUUCCGCGUCAGCUUGCGACUCACGAUCGUCUAGUGCCGGCUCGGCCGCCGUUGGCCUUGCUCUGGUGCGGACCGUGAGUCGCGGGAAUAAAAGGAUACCAGAGAUGUCUUCUCAAAUGGCAACUUUCUCCCUCGGGGAUCGAUCGCGAGGCAAGAGAACAUUCACGGCCAAGGUCAAGUCAGGCUGUAUCACAUGCAAACGACGCCAUGUCAAGUGUGAUGAGACGCGGCCUUUCUGUUUAAAGUGCACAAAGUCGCCACGAGGGCCGGGAGUUUGCGAAGGAUACCCAUCUGAGCAGAAACGUGCGAAUCACUGCGCCCCGAUUGUCCCCAAGGGAACGAGGCGACCACUCGCUGCCCUCAUAGAACCCGGUUACGAAACGUCGCUAUUUACCGGACCAGAGAGGGGGUACUUCGAGUUUUGGCUGCGACUUAUCGGCAGCAUCUACCUCUUCCCCAACGACAUCAUGCAUCGCGUUGUCCCGCAACUCGCACGCCAGGAGCCAGCCAUCAAACACGCCGCUCUUGCAAUGGCGGGAAUGGCCCGAGCCCUCGUUCCGUCGCUCGUGUAUCGGUCCGACAAGGAGCUUCACAGUAACGGCCCGCAUUACGAGUUCGCCUUACAGCAUUAUGGCCGCGCUAUGAAGCUUUUGCGCAGCUCCCAGCCUACGAGCGAAAACAUGCUUUGGGCCAUCAUAUGUUGCGUGCUGUUCAUAACAUUCGAAUGCCUCCAUGGAGAUCGCACUGCGGCGUUAUCGCAUGUGAAUCAUGCCUACAAGAUGAUGGAGGCAUACUUCCGUCGACGGUCGUUGGUUGAGGAAGGCCCAGUGACAGAGUCCAUCCGCGCCGUGUGUGACGAUGCUGCAUGGGUGUUCCAGGGCUUGACAAUGCAGGCGUGGUCCCACAAUGUACUGCAUCCAGACAAUCUUUUGGAAAUCAGCUGGUGCUGUCGAGGCAGCAAACGUGCCUUCGCUGUUGAUGAGAUGCCUCCCAUAUUUACAGACAUACACACGGCCCGGCGAUGGUGGAGGGUCGUGCAGCACCACACGUGUCACAGAUGUCCUAUUUACACGGAGGUCUACGUCGACGGUUUUUCUGAAGAUAUGCUUGCAGGCGCCUACGAACGGCCUGCAUUGCUGCCGACCCAUCUUGAGACAAUGGCGGCCGUUGCUCCGGAAUUCUUGAACCACCUCCGAAAAUGGAGCAACGCCUUUCAGGCUCUAUACAACGAUCUACAGUUACAGCAACAUCUCAGCGAAGCCGAAUACCAGUUGUAUGUCAAUGCUUGCAACUUGCGCUUGCAGUACCUCUUGCUCUGGAGCCAUGUCUCCAGCCUGAGUUUCACAGACACCAGAACGGUGAUCAUCCUGACACCGUCUUUCCGGGAGAUCGUGCAACUGAGUCGAAUUGUUCUGAAGGCUCAGGCGAAUUGUCGUGGGUGCAGCGACACUUUCAGUAUGGACAACGGGCCUACAUGGGCGCUGUUGGUUACUUCGUGUCGGUGUCGAGAUACUAAAGUCAGGCAAGAGGCGACGGGUCUACUGGGUAAGUUUAACCGUCGCGACGGUGUAUGGGAUAGUAGGAUGUUCCAUGCUCUCGCGAAGAGGUACGAGAAAAUUGAGACGGAGAACCUCCUGUCUGAGGACGAGGACGAAAAAGAGUCACCCUUGCGGCGCCGAGAGUUACGUUUCAGUCGUGAUGGGAACAUGAGCGGCACACACUUCGAAUGGGAUCCUCUUAACAGUCAAUGGCUGCGUAUAAGAGAGGUUUUUUAGGGUACUCGAUGCAAGUUCUUGGCGUCAACACUGUAAUUCCAAGCGAGGUGCUGGGUCCAAAGAGCAAGGCAGCCUUGGGUGCUUGUUGUAAAUAGUCGCAAAAACAAUGGCUACCUGAGUUUCAUAUAAUGUCCACUUUUUCAUAUUUCAUACAUU